GGAAAGCUCAGUCAGUCGCUUAACUCCCAGCAGCUAGACCCAUCUCCUGUAACGGGCUCUUCCAACAGUCCACGGGGACUAGGCUGUACCUGCUGAAAAACGAUUUGCAGACAUCCAACAAGUUCUGUUGUCCUAAAAGCUCGACGAGAAUCCACGCUUCGCACCCCCAGAUCCUUUUCUCUCGAAACUGCGACCCAGCAAUUCGGUGUUUGCUGGCGAUCCGAUAUCUGCUAGUACACGCGACUUUGGAUUCGACACAAGAGAGGGUGCUAUAUAGCCGCAUGGUGCAAUGAAUGAAACUCCGCGACUGCGGUCGGCUUUCCCUACCACUCCGCGAACAGAUCCCCGACGCCGAACUUUCAACAACAAUGCACGCUCAGCCCUGGGCUCCCCCCCUUCUCCCUUUCCUCAGAGACCAUCGCCGAUAACCAGGCCUGUGAAAGGCACCCCUGAGACGGCGGCUGCCUCCUCGCCACUGAUAUCGACAGAGAUCGUCGACGUUCCAUCUCAAAGAUUUUAUGUGUUUGCCUUCUAUAUUGCCUUGACGGCCUGGAGGCUGUACAACUCCUUCACUGUGGAAAAUGAUCUGGAUUCGACAUGGCUUUUCCUCAAAUGGGUGGGGAUUGAUGCCGCCUUCUUUGUGGCGCUGCCGGCGUUUAAGAUACCCUGGCUGGAGUUCUCAUUUCCCACAACUUUCACAUUAUGGUUAUUGCAUGCUAUCGCAAAUGCUUUCUUAAUGUACAAGAUUCCACUGCCUUUCCUGUCGUGGCUGGGGGCACUGGUUAAGGUGGCCUAUGAUCGUGAACUUUCGAUCUCAGAACACCGGGUGAAGCCAGCCGACAUUCUACACAACUCCUCGAUCAUUCUGGGGAAACAAAUCAUACACAUCCUUCCAGAGGGCUCUGCCAUUCUGAAUCCCGAGAAGAAGGCAUUUUGCAUUGAUGCGUCCAGACCUUCGGUCGAAAUACCGAUUCAGAUCAAUCAGACGACGCCUAUUUCUAUUGAGCUCCAACGGUUUGAUCUCGAGACAGACGAAGUUGAGACGAUCAUCAUCAGCAGCAAACAAGCUAAGCAGUUGAAAAAACACGCCGACAGUGGUCACCACAAGUCGGAUACAAAUACGCCCCGAACCCUACAUUACCCGGUUUCGAAGGCGGGCCUUUACCAGUUGCAUCGGGUUAUUGACGCCACAAAGCUGGAAGUGCGGAAACGGAGCUUUGACACGGCAGUUGUGCAGUGUCCGUUCGCGAGCAUCUCGACACAGUCCGAGAACAGAUGCACGGGAGAGUUGAGCAAUGUGGCCCUGCAUGUUUCAGGUGUUCCACCAUUCAAAGUCAAAUACAGCAAGACCGUCAAUCACAAGCAGUUCAGUUCCAUUGUCCAGAAUGUGCAGCCAAAUGUGGAUCUCGACGUGGUCUCCGGCGAUGAGACUUCAGGCAUUGUCCUCGAUCCAAGACGGCCGCACAUGGGAUGGACAAAAUCCGCGACUGAGUCCUUCGAGAUUAAUGAAGCUCUGCACCAGAACGGAAGCCAUUCUUACACCAUCGAAGAAGUGGAAGAUGGUCUUGGGAACAAGGUAGUCUACGAUGCCAGCAAACCAAAGGACCUCCAUGCUCCUCGGGUUCAGAGCCUCACGGUGCAUAACAGACCUCGAGUCACACUGGGAGGCCUCAACUCAGACCGUGUACUUCGGGUUCGUGAAGGAAGCUCUAUCCCUCUUCCUUUUCAAGUUCAAUAUGUGGACACAUUACAUUCGUCCGACUGGCCCCUGGAUGUGAAGUAUAGCUUUGUCUCGGAUGACCUCGGGGAGACUGUUCAGUCCGAAGACCAUGUGCACGAGAUGUCGGACCGUCGCUCCAUGCCUCUGAUCAGUAAGCCUGGGAGAUAUAGCCUCGAUUCUGUGGACAGCCAGUACUGUCACGGAGAGGUUGUUGAGCCUUCGUCAUGCUUACUUCUCAACCCUCCAAAACCUGGUCUUAGUAUGGAAUCUGAAGACAUCUUUGACAAGUGCGCCGGUAAUCCAAUUGGCAUGUAUGUCAACUUUGACUUUACAGGCACUCCGCCUUUCAAAGUUAGAUAUACGAUGGGCCACCGGGGGACGGCUUAUCCAAAAGUGCAAGAGUUCUCCGGUAUGCGUGGUCAGAUGGAAUUGCGUGAAAGAGCAGCUGGCUCUUACAUCUACACAAUCCAUGAGAUCGAAGACCAAGUCUACGGGAGCGUAUCGCUGAAAGACCAAAAUCUUGUCCUCAAGCAAGACAUCAAGCCUCCAGCGUCCGCGAUCUUUCAAGGGGACAAUCGUGCUGUGAAGGCUUGUCUGGGCUCGCCCAUGUCAGUACCAGUCAGACUCGCAGGUCAAGGACCAUGGGAUCUGGACUAUGAGCUGGUGCAUGCCGGCAAAAGAAAGAAGCACCAUAUCCAUUCCGAAGAGGAGCUAUGCACGAUCGAGGUUCCCCCCUUGGCGGAAGGAGGGAGCUAUUCUGUCGUACUGACGGGAGUCCAAGACAAAUCGCGAUGUCGCACCACGUUGCAAGAGGAACGGAAGAUCGAUGUCAGACAAGAGCAACCACGCGCUGCCUUCGGCGAUAUUGAUGGCAAACGCUCGAUCUUGGCGCUAGACGGCAAGUCGGUCAAACUACCUUUGCGACUCAAAGGCUUCGCGCCAUGGGCGGUGAGGCUGCAGAAUCUGGACGACGGUUCGGACUCAUUCGAGCAGAUAUUUAGGGACGCAAACGCCGAGAUCUCGGUUGACCGUCCAGGUACUUACGAGAUUGUCUCCGUUCAUGACAGUUGCCCAGGCGUGGUUGAUUCCAAGGCGAACAAAUUCCAAGUGAGCUGGUUACCCCGACCAACGGUAUCAAUCAGAGAUUCAGCUAUUGGAAAAGAAGGACUGAGGGGCUUCCGCAAGCCUGCAGUUUGUCAGGGCGAUGAAUCAGUGCUAGCCAUUGGGCUCACUGGCAGUCCACCCUUCCACCUCAAAUACCAACAGAAAUUCGAGCCGAUCAAAGGGCCUUCUGCAAUCAGCAACAAACCCGUCACCUUUGCGGGUAGUAGUGCGCAAAUCAGUCUUGAUACCAGCAAAGCCGGAGAAUACUCUUAUGUUUUUAGUGAACUUGGCGAUGCACGCUAUUCCUCCGACAAGAAGGGAUUUACGCCGAUUGUUCUCUCACAGCAAGUGUAUCCUCUACCCUCGGCGAAGUUCAGCCAGGCAGGGAAGACUUAUGGCUACUGUAAACACGAUCCGACCUUCACAAACAGCGCAGACGCUGAGACUGAAAACAUACCGAUCACCUUCACAGGCACGCCACCCUUCGCCGUUGAAAUAGCCAUCAUUCACCACGGCGUAUCAACCCGCCCUGAGAUCAUCCGUCAGAAGGACAUCCAGACGCGCAGCUACUCAUGGCCACUUUCGCGAGCCACCCUCGACCUAGGGACACACACUGUUUCUAUUCGCUCUGUCAAAGACGCUCUCGGCUGUGAAUCGAUCCUCGACUCAGAUCCAUCCGCCGUGCGCAUCCAUGUCUCCUCGCCACCGGCCAUCAUCCCGCUCGAGUCCCAGGAACACUACUGUGUGGGCGAGCACGUCUCUUUCUCCCUGAGCGGCCAAGCCCCUUUCGACGUCUUCUAUACUUUCCAGAACCGUGAACGAAAAGCGCGUGUCUCCGGUAAUGAGUUCAGACGGCUUGCCGAGUCACCCGGCGAAUUCGUUAUUACGGGUGUCAGUGAUUCGGCAAUGGGCAAUAAUAAAUGUCGUGCAAGGAAGGACAUCAGAAAAGUCAUUCAUCCGUAUCCGACGGUGGAGAUUGGUAAGGGAAAGACGGUUGUCAGCGAUAUUCAUGAAGGCGGGGAGGUGGACAUAAUGUUCACCUUCACCGGGACACCACCUUUCGAGUUCACAUAUACCCGCACCGAAAAUCCCAGAAAAGGCAUGGGCAAACCCCGUGUUCUCGAGACGCGCCACGACACGUCAGAUGAAUUUAGCAAGAUGAUCCGCGCCAGCGACGAAGGCAUCUAUGAAGUUGUGAGCAUCAAGGACCGAUUCUGCUCAUACACCAAGCCCAGUCACAAGGCUGCUGGCAGUGGCGGCGGUCUCAUGGGAGGUCAGAAGAAGCUGUUGACCUAUUGAAGGACGAUCGCCACCCAUCCACCGGCUCACGUUCCUUGUUCCUGUUUCUCCACCCUCCUCGGGACAGUUUGCGACCUUUGAGCAUGCUACGUCUGGAUCGCUGGAUGGCAGCAGCCGAGGACGGAGUCCCCAAAGCCUGAUACGGGAUAGAAAGAAGUGCCUCAACACUCUCAAGGGAGUCCCAAGACCUUACCUCGGUUGAAGGGUAUGCACAGCUUGCAUGUCUGCCGGGUUCAUUCGCAUACUGCAGGCCAAUAGUUGGCGUCUGUUCCGGACACAUUAUCUCACAUAUGUUGGGUUGGGCUGGGGUUACCCUUCCUUGUCCUUGGAUCGUAUUUCUUCUUUCGUCCUUUUACCCUCCACCCAACCAUAGCGAGAUUCUGAGCGAGGGCGAGAGCGAGGGCGAGAGCGAGAGCGAGAGCCAGGGGACGAGGACGAGGGUUUAUGUAUCUCCCGCCCUGCACAUAUCUAGCAGCACAUGUACCAACAACCAACCACCCAAAAUAACAACUAAUUCGAGAGUGGGCAUGCAUAUUACCGGCAAUCAGUUAGGGCAGGCAGGACAGCAACACGGAUUUCCUUGGCGAUAAGCUCGACCAGGGGGCUCGGCGGGUUGAAUAGCUGUGCGGCCAGUUGGUUUGUUUGGUCGGAGUCACAGAAUCUUGGGACAUUGUCAGCAUAACCGGGGACGUGGUUGGUACGUCGUCAGGGUGUAAAGAAGGCAGUGGGGGGACUUUUAGAAUCGAAAUUGGAAGCACGUUUGUCUUUCGGGUUUUUAGAGGAAGAGGGCAAUUUUCUCAUUCAGCGUAUUCGACCUGGACUGAGGUGCGCAAGGAGAAAACCCUAGACGCACACACAAAUACUUGAGUGUCGCUUCAUCUGGUCUGUGCUAGGCUGCCCUGAUAACUUGUCUAGCCAUUUCCAC